CAUAACUAAUUUCAGAAUUAUCCUAUGCAUUUUGUCUCAACCAAGCAUGGAAUAAACUUUUCUUCUAAAUUAUCCUAAUCCUUCUGCCAAAUGACCCUAAAAACACAGUCUAAUUUAGUUACUUUGUGACUAAGAUUCUCGGUUUUGCUUCCUAUAAAUGGUGUACUACAUUUGUAACAUCAACAAACAUAAAAUUCUACAUUUGUCUAUCCUUCUUUUUUUCCAAUGGAGAAUUCGAACUCCAAUUCGAAUCCGAAUAUUCAGUCGUUGUUACCGGAGGAUUGUACUGAGAAGAUCUUGAGUUUUACAAGCCCUGUAGAUGUUUGCCGCGUGUCCCUCGUCUCUAAAUCACUUCAAUCCGCCGCUGAUUCCGAUUCCGUUUGGGAGAAAUUUCUACCGUCUGAUUAUCAGUCCAUCAUUUCGGGAUCAGUGACUCCCAUCCCUGAUUUUGCUUCAAAGAAGGAACUCUAUGUUUAUCUCUGCCAUAAUCCCAUCUUAAUUGACGCAGGUCGCAAGAGUUUCUCACUGGAAAAAUGUACCGGAAAGAAAUGCUACAUUCUAGGUGCAAGGGAUCUUCAUAUUACAUGGGCUGAUUCACCACAAUAUUGGGAAUGGACUUCAUUACCUGACUCCAGGUUUCCGAAGGUGGCUAAGCUCAAACAGGUUUGGUGGCUUGAAAUUCGGGGCACAAUAAGAGUUGGUGUUCUGUCACCACGGACAUCCUAUGCAGCUUAUCUUGUUUACAAGUUGGAAAAUGAAUUUGGGUUUCAUUAUCGACCCUCGGAGGUUUCAGUUGGAGUUCUUGGUGUUAAAUUGGACAAACAAUUUGCAACUCUGCAGCCGAAAGGUAGACUUCCACAGUAUGGUCGUUUUUAUAUUCUGUCCUCUAGAGCAAAGGAUGGUCAAGGGAUACCAGAUGAUAAAUGUGAGUCGUCAGUCGCUAAUGCGGUUAGGUAUUGGCAGGGGAAGCAUUUGCCGGAGGAUGCUUCUAAUAUUCAACUUCCUAAACUUAGAAAUGAUGGCUGGUUUGAGGUAGAAUUGGGUCAGUUUUAUACUGAAAAUGAAGAUGAUUGCUUAGAAAUGAGUUUGAAAGAGGUGAAGGACUGCUUAUCUCAUAAAAAAGGCCUUAUUGUUGAAGGAAUUGAGAUAAGGCCAAGAAUGGGUUAAUUGUCACAUUUGUUUGCUGCUACGGUGAUUGGCUUUCUUGUAUAUAAACCCUUACUGCACUUUUGGUUUCAAAACCGUAAUCAUAUAAACUAGGCAAUAAACUAGGCUUGUACUUUCCUUUGUAUAAAACUGCCAAUUACUAGUGGAAUGCUCAGUUAAUUAGAUGACUUGUUUGUUCUCUAGUUUGACCAUUUGUAAGCAUAAGAUGCAGAAGAAAUUAUUUUUCAAGAAUC